AUGUCCCAAAAAAUCAAAUUUGAGGACUUUUUCCAGCCGACGGCCUGUUCGCCGGUCCAACGAGUGGUCAAGUAUGACGUGAGUUCAACAACAUACUACUAGAAGUAUAAUAAUUCACUAAUUUUCGUAUUUUAACAAUUUGUAUCUUUCGCAUUUUAAACACUUUUAAAACUUAUUUUCAGCACGACGUAGUAUGUGGCGAGCCGGACCCAGAGGACCGAGUACUGCCGUACGAAGGGUCUAGUCCCUCCCUAGUACUGGAUAAUAUCAGUACUAGGGAGUACGGCGAGCGGGCGUGUCUGAAGGAGGUGGACACGAUGAAGGUAGGUUGAUGAAGUGCUACAGUAGGCCAUAGUUACAGUACUUUACCGUCAAACUUAAUAGUAUGUCACCCAGUAUGUUAUAGUAGGUGACGUAGUAUGGCCAAGUACUAUAUAGUACGAUAUUAAAAGUGAAUUUAUUAUUAGUUACAGUAUGUGAUAAGAGUAUUUAUAGGUCAUUUUAUAGUAAUUACAAUACUAAAACAGUACGUUUUUUAUUACAAUAGCAUCAUAAACAUAGUACGAUACCUAAAGCUACAUUUCGUACUGAUUAUAGUACUAAGACAGUACGUUCUUCAACAGUAUAGCACAAUAAGUAUAGUACAGUUAUAAAAGGCCAUUUAGUACUCAUUGUUGUACUAAAACAGUACGUUCUUACCUACUACAAUAUCAAUAUAUGCCCAUCUUUCAGGACGGCCAUUCAUUCUUUGGCCGAACCUACGUGUUCCGUGGAAUGGAAGGUCAUGGCGAGGCCAUCAACAAAACCGUGGCCCUUCAAAUGGCGGCCAAAGAGACAUUGUUGAAGAUUGUGGAUGCGGGCAUGCACCACAAGUACCGUAUGCCCGGUACCAACAAGAAGGAGGCCAAGAAGUUGAUUUGAGUUACAGUACAAAUCCUAUAGUACCUUAAUUUACCCUACUCUACCAUACCAUACCGUACCCUACUCUAUAAGACCCUACUCUACCGUACCCUACUCUAAGCAAUCCUGUUCUACAGUACCCACACUACCGUACCAGACCCUCUAAAACACUAGUAUCUCUGUACCAUUAUGAUUACUGUAAUUUCAGUGAGAAGCUGUAUGUCAGCGUGAUCCCGGCCCAAAAACCGGCGAAAGUGGCGCAGGUGGACUACGUUGGCAAAGUGAUUACACUGUAAGUACUGUACCUCAUACUGUAUCACAAUAUAUACAUGAUAGUAUUACAUAUAGUACCAUAUUAGUAAUAUGUAGUACCAUUAAAAACGUAUCAUAGUACCACAUAAUAUUGGGUUGUUCAAAAAAUUCUGAGCCCUCAACCCCCGAAAUUUGCUUUGAGAAGGGGCGCAGAAUUAUUUGAACAACCUACUAGUACCAUUACAAACAUAUACUGGUACCACAUAUAUAGUACCAUUAAAAAUACAAUAGUACCACAUAUAGUACCAAAAAACGGCACCAACAUAACCAACUAUACCUAAAACUUACCACAGUAAAUUAUUUUCAGUUGCCAACGUAACAAGCUCCCCCCAGUCACCUAUCGUGACGAAGCCGAAGGCCCAGAACAUGAACGGCGGUUCGUGGUGACGGCCGUCUGUCAGCCGUUGGGAUUGGUCACCCGUUCCAGCCCGGCCAGCAAAAAGGUGGCCAAGCAUCACGCGGCUCAACUCAUCUUGCCCGAGUUGGAACGGUACGUUGAGGAGCAUCCGACUCCAGUAUCGGCUUCAUCGUCGGGCCGAGUCAGCCCAGCUUCAGAAUCCUCGACCGUAGCCUCAAGACCAGAACCUACGGUGUCAGAAGUCUUCUCGGCCCCACCAUCGGCUUCAUUGGCUUCAGAAUCCACCGUGAAACCAUCAUCGGUUUCAGAAGGCACUAUAAAGCCAUUAUCAUCUGGAACGGCGUCAGAAGCCUUCUCAACUCCGCCAUCAGCUUCAACGACUUCAGAAUCCACCAUGAAGCCAUCACCAGCUCCAAAGGCUUCAGAAUUCACCGUGAAGCCACCACCAACCUCAGAAUCCUCGACCGAAGCCUCAAAAUCGGAAUCAACGGCGUCAGAAGCCUUCUCAGCUCCGCCGCCUCACCCAUCGACUUCGGAAUCCAUCGUGAAUCCAUCACCAGCUCCAACGGCUUCAGAAUCCAUUACGAAGCCGUCAUCUGCUCCAAAGGCUCUAGAAUCCACCACGAAGCCGUCAUCAGCACAAACGGCGUCAGAAGCCUUCACUAUUCCUGCACCUCAUUCAUCGACUUCAGAAUCCACCGUGAAGCUAUCACCAGCUCCGACGACUUCAGAACCCCCAACCGGCUUCGAAAUUGUGGCUUCGGACAGGACGGUGGAGGACAUUUUGAAGGAUUUGUAUUAA